AUAAUGAUUGGCAUAGCAAAUUCAAGUUCCUAAGCCGUUCGUUUUAACGACGAAUGUCUGAUCAACUAUUGCUAGUGCUCGCAUGAUGAAAGAAGAAAAGCACUAAGUGUUCACGAGUUACAGACAUUGCAAAAUACAGGAAAUCAUGGAGGAAAGGCACCGAGCCCUCCUUCUUGCCAAUCGGCUAGAGAUAACAAGUGAUCUGCGGUUCAGGGACAUUCGGCGGCGCCUUUUGGACAGCGGAACUCUGAAUGGUGAGAACCUUGACCUGAUUGAAAAUCAGCAAACUCGUGAAGACCAAGCUAAAGCCUUGUUAGACAUUCUUCCUACCAGAGGACCGACUGCAUUUGCUGUGUUUCGAGAGGCUCUGAAGCACCGUUAUCCGCAUUUAGCGCGGAUACUGAAGGAUGAAGGCCAGCAGGGACCACCUGAAGCGCCCCGUGUAUUCAUCAUCCACGCAGGCGAAGACAAAGAAUCGUUUGUCCGCCCUUUAGUCGCCACGCUACAACAAGAAGGGUUGGCGGAGAAGGACGUAUUUUUCGAUGACGUUUCCAUCAAGCCGGGUGAAGUUAUUAGGGACAGAAUAAUUUCUACCUUAUCGAGUCAAAGUUUGGAACUUGUUGUUGUUGUCGUCAGUACAGCAUUCCUGAACAAACCCUACUGGCCUAGACUGGAGUUUGAAACGUGUCUGAAAAAUAACAAACGGAUAUUCCCCAUUUGGGUCGAUGCUAACGAGGACAGCUUCAAGGCGUUUAGUGAGUUAGUCGGUAAAUACUCUCCCACACUGAAACAGAUGAGUGCAAGGCGUGUACAGAGAGAUGAUGUUACUGACGAGCUGACAAACAUCGCUGCAGAAGUCGUUCAGCGACUCUCUACAUUGAGAUGUAGCACACCUCCACCUGCAGGUUUGUAA